AUGUCGGAUCUUAAUAAAAUUCCAUUCCCUCGUAAUAAAGAAUCUACGGUAUAUUUAUGUCUUGUACCCUUAUUCUAUACCCCAAGAGUUGAAAAGAUUCUGACUUUCAAUAUGACUCAACUUUUUAAUCGCAUGCAAGACCUCGAAAAGAAUCGAAAACGCGACAUGGCUCAGCGAGGAAUUAUGCAACUAUUUUGGGGUUUAUUGGCUAUACUCUUCAUUUAUCUCGUUAUGGAUAUCACGUCCAGAAAAGUCUGA